UUGACCCCUCCGUAGCUCUCUCCGAUACUGAUUCAAGCUUUUCCUUCACAAUUCCUACUUCCUGAAAUUUCACGGCGUUCAAAGCUCGACAGGGAGGCAUUUUAAUGCCGGCUUCCGCCAAUUAAUCAAACCCCUCUGAAUUGUAAAGUGGGUUUGGAGUGAGAAUGGUGUUGGUGUUGGCUUUGGGGGAUUUGCAUAUACCACAUAGAGCCCCUGACCUGCCGGAGAAGUUCAAGUCUAUGCUUGUUCCUGGCAAGAUUCAGCACAUAAUCUGCACCGGCAACCUUUGUAUCAAAGAAGUUCACGACUACUUGAAAACUAUUUGUCCUGAUUUGCACAUUACACGGGGCGAAUAUGAUGAAGAAAUGCGUUAUCCAGAGACAAAAACUCUGACUAUUGGACAAUUUAAAUUGGGACUGUGCCAUGGGCAUCAGGUUAUUCCAUGGGGAGACUUAGACUCGCUUGCCAUGAUGCAGAGGCAGCUAGACGUAGACAUCCUUGUCACUGGUCAUACCCAUCAAUUUACAGCUUACAAACAUGAGGGAGGUGUCGUGAUUAACCCCGGAUCUGCAACAGGUGCGUAUAGCAGCAUCACCUAUGACGUCAACCCGAGCUUUGUCCUCAUGGACAUCGAUGGCCUUCGUGUUGUGGUCUACGUUUACGAACUCAUCGAUGGAGAGGUUAAGGUAGACAAGAUUGAUUUCAAGAAGACAACCACAACGGGUCAUUGAGCAGAACAAAUUGCCUUUACAUAAACAUCCCAAGUUGUUUUCUUUUAUGGAGUUGUGAUGCAUGUUUCUGGAGAAAUGUUAGUAAUGGCCCGAUGGAUGUUCUUGUUUUUUUUUUUUUCUUCUUUUUUGUUUAAAGAAAAUGUAAGCGUAAGCGAAUCGACCAUCAACAUUUGAGAUGAAAAUUAGUAUAUUACCGUUGUGUUUGUUUCAA